UACAAACAGCACAAAGAUGUGUCCGGUCAUGAAUGUUCCACCAUUCACAAUGCAAGAAGUUGUUAAAAGCACUGGUAUAAUAAGCAUAAAGAAAAAAACAUCAAACGUGAGAGAUAUGUAUUAAGGGGCAGGAAACAAACACCAGCAAACGAAUGGCAAUAAAUGCACAAUGCAUAAGAUUGUUUCUAUAAACAAGAAAGUGUAAAGCAUAGGCAUUUCAUAACGCAUGGCAAAACAACUCUCAAACGAACACAAGUAGCCACAUCACACAUACAACAAUUAUAGAGAUACCACCACUCCACUUCUUCAGCUGUUACUUAAUCAUGCACACACAACUUGCUCAACAAAUCAUAAUGCAAAUAUAGCUAACAACAGUGCGCUAAUAACCUCCUUACUUAUAGCUGCUUAUAUACUUAAAAGUACAUGCAAUUGAAGAAUUGUAGCCCAUCAAUAGCCUAAAGGACAAUGGAAAAUAAAACAAUGCAUAUUAUUCUGUUAACAUUUGCAUUUAAAGGAAUUCUAAUGUUAUACAUUUCAUAGAUUGUCGUGGUGAAGGCGCUAUUGUUGUGAUGUGAACUACGCUACACUAGCAUAACACAAAUUGAGGUUGCAACAAAUCACGAAACAAAUGUGUUUUAUCAUCAAUGCCCUCAUCAGACCUUGCAACACCCUUGUUCUCCAUCAGCAUUGCAAAUUUUUGUAAGUGGUCGCCUUUACACGAUAAUCGUGAUUCCUACUGCGCCCCUUUAAUUGGUACCCCUUCAACUGGUUGGUUUCCUACCACCCCCUGCUGGACAUGAAGCUCGUCCCUUUGCUUGCAUCUGCUUGUUUUUUUCUCUUGUGAAAAAAAUGCAAGCGGGUCUUAAGAAAAAACAGAACUACAUCUGCAGUUGUGCUUACGAAGUGCGAUUUGCAGCCGACAGCAGCUGUAGCAGUACGACUGUCCAUCAAAACAUUCUCCACAGUAUUCAUGUACACAUCAGAACAGGCAGUUUUGUCAACUGUGUACACUUCCAAAUGAUCUUCCACAAUUUGGAGGAGAGCGACUAGCUGGCUGGAGGGCACUUGUAGACGAUGUCGGAGGCGUCGAAAUGUUUCGCGCAAACACACGCGUAUACUUCGAUUCGAAGUUAAAACCGCCACCUUCCUGCCGCGGUAUGGCCCGCUUCCAUUUCUCGCGCUGCUCCUUGUCAAUAGGCAAACGGAACAACGACACCUUUUCGGUCGUGCCCUUGUAGCCGGAACGGCAACCCGGCACGCAACACGUGCUCGGCAUCGUUGUCCCACCCGGCCACUUCAACUAAACAGUCCAGCACUCGAAAAAUAGCGCAGCACAUGCACAGAACGCACCCGAUCACUCAGCUCGCCUCGCACGCCUCGCACUGCGCAAGCGUUUCGGUGCGCGAACGAUGCCCUCCGGUGCGCAGUGGCGCCGCGUCGCGGCAGCUUUGGGCAGCGUAUGAACCUCUCCCAUAGCGUGACGGCGGAGUUUCGUGACCAGAAAAACAUGGAAGGACUCUGGCUAUAGACGAGUUGCAUAAAUGCCAGCAACACUGUAAAAAGCUCUGGAGUGUUCAAGCAACACUGUGCAGCGCCGCCAUCGUGCAUGAAAACACUACACAAAACGCAGUGCACAUGCGAAUGCGAUAGGGAUAGACAAGUUUUGUCUUGACGUGAACAAUCGUCUGCGCAGCAUUUUGUGUUCCGUGUUUGUGCAAUCACUCCCAACGAUGUCGCACCAUUCAGGGAAGGUAAUUUUCCCCAUCACUGGAUGGAAGAACGACCUCGCCGUCUUACCUCCGCUGUCAGAUCGCAGCGUACAUGAAUUUUAUGCAGGACGAUCGGGAACGAAACGAAGCUACGAACGAAGCUACAACUUUCACGUGGAAUCGUACGUCAACGUAUGUGCCCUGAAGACCAAUGUCACCCAAAGCAGGUAAAUAUUUGUGCAACUGUAUCGCAUGUAAACGGGCGAUAGUCGCAACCGUUGAACUUCUGUGAUAAAAGCGCUUUGUUGUUGUGUGAAUGUUAAGAAAUCAUCAUGACUUUAUUUAAGCUUAGGUUUAAGAAAACAAAUUAUAGAUGAGCUGGUGAUAUAGUUGAUUCUCUUGUCUGAAGUCAUGGAUGGAGGAGCUUAGUAUUCUUUAUUUAUUUCCAGCGCCGGGCUCACCUUUUUGAAGGCGCCAUGCUACCGAAGCAAAAAAAAGAACGCGCCACCGUAUUCCGUGAUGAUAGCAUUGGACACGACACGCAUCAUCGAUGGAAGCUGCGACUGCCCGGCAGGAAAGCUCGCCUGCAACCACAUGAUCGCUGUUUUGAGGACUGUCAUGCUCCUACAGUCAAAGGGUUUCUCCGAGGCGCCGGACCAGCUCUCGUGCACGGAUUUACCUCAGCAAUGGAGGAUUCCCCGCAGAAGCGCGAUCAGAGGAUGCCCGCUUCAAUCCGUGGACUGGCGCAAAGUGAAAGAAGGCGGGACUAGUGCGCCAAAGUUUGCCUUGCCGAAGGAGCGCCGUGUACGCCGUAGAAAUCGGCAGGAGCAAGAAGAGGCGAAGCAAAAGUUUGCUCAAGAGCUGCUUUCGUUUGACCCCGAUAAUGACUUCGCGAAAGCGCUCCUCCUAACCGACGAAGGCGAGACCGUGCAGUCCAGGUUCGGGCUGGUGUCCUCAUUGGCGCCACAGAGCUACCAGCAGUCCCUGCUGCCACACGGUUUCACCGUUUUUCUUUCUGGCUUACAACCAGCAAACGAAGAAGAUCCUUGGGAAAGCAUCCCGACUCUGACUUUCUUCGAAAGCAGCACAGCCUGGAAUCCUCCAGCACACCUUGGGACAAACAGUGUUGUGCAGGAGAUAUGUAUGACACCAGUGGCAGCUGAAGCACUUGAAAAGGACAGCCGCCAGCAGGCAAAAAGUGCAACAUGGCAUCAGGAACGCCGGCUUCGUGUCACCUCCUCCAACUUUGGUGUGGUCCUGAAUAGGAAGGAGUGGACAGUAAAGGGCCUGCAAAACCUCACAGCUGCCAGAGACCUUUCUAGAGUUGCUGCAGUCAAUUACGGCAUCAAGAUGGAACCGCUAGCUGCUCAACGCUACGAGGAUGCUCUACGCCGUCUGGGCAACGCUCCUACAGUUAGUACCUGUGGAUUGCUGGUUAACCCAGCCUUUCCUUGGUUGGGUGCAUCGCCCGACAGGAUUGUGUACGACCCCACAGAACAAUCCUAUGGUGUAGUAGAGAUCAAGUGUCCCUACUCUCUACGUGACCACAAGGCAUCUGCCCUUCUAAACACUGAUUUCUGUUGCAUAAUCAGGGAUGGUGUACCAGAGCUUAAGAGGGACCACCAGUAUUAUCAUCAACUGCUUGGGCAGAUGGGUGUAUCACAGUUGCGCUGGGGUGACUUUGUGGUAUAUGGAGGAGAUUUUCUUUUGAUCGAACGAAUAAGAUUUAAUGAGAAUGAAUGGAAAAGUGCCAGAGAGGUGCUCGACAACUUUUACAUGGACACACUGCUGCCAUAUCUGUCAAGCACUGUAAUCUGAUACAGUAAACAACGCAAGAAUGGCAUGUCAAAAAGACAAGUAGGGCUGCAAACAUUUUAUUGCACAGAAGAUGGCAGCAUCACGAGGUAGUGAGGAUUGACAACAUAUGACUAGAAAAUAAGGCGUCUUUAAGGAACACUGUGGACAGAUCAGUUUGUAUCUUCUUUCAGAAGUGAUGGCUGGAAGUUUGUCAGGAAGGCACACACGGCCCACAUCUGAUUCGCUAAGGGUACAAGGGAGAUUGGAAUCGAGCGGUCAAAAAUGUGAUAUCCCUUGAUUUUCUUGAUCUUCCUUUCCACAUGUAUCCUGAUUGCUGCGAUUUCCUGAGUCUCCUCCACUUCUGUGGGAGUAAAUUGCCCAUGCAUGAGGAAGGGUGGAAUGUUCAGCAUUACUUUCUUGCUUUGCAGCAGGUCUUUUAUUUUAAAUCCCUUGUCAGCCAUGACUGAGUCACCUGUGUCAAACUUCAGGUCUAAAAAUCCACUCUUCUCCACACACUCUCUGUCAGACGUACACCCAGUAAAUAGUUCCGAAACAAAAGUAAGUACUCCAUGAGGGGAGAUGCCUACGAGGGCUUUGAACGUAUGGGUAGACUUGUAUGAGGAAUAGACUUGUGAUUGCGUCACAAAAGAUGUUGGCACAUCACAUCUAAUCUCAGUGGCAUCCAAGAUGACACGUGUUGAUGGAUAUUUCUCCUUGAAAGCAGAUGGCAUGGCAGCAUCAAUAGCUUGUCGUGAUAUCCAUGUUGUCGUUUCUGUUACUUGCAAAUAGAUAUAGUCGAGCACUGCAGAAAAAAUUCUUGACACCGUGCUGAUAGAGACGUUGAACAAGUGGCCGAUGUGUCUGUGAAAUAAGCCAACUCGAAGUUUAACAAGCACAAGAAAGAGUUGGUUCUCUACACCAAUCUUGUGUCGCCGACCUCUAUAUUCAACAUUUCGUAGCCCACUCCUCGUACGCUUGCGUGCAAUGUUUUCACCAUUUUCUCCAAAGUCGAGGAGAUGCAUGAGAGCACAGAAGUGCUUGUAGCUGGGCAGUCCAGUGUAAAACUCAAUGUCAUCAGUGUUGUCCUUGAAUCU